AUGGCGCCGCACCAUCUUGCCCUCCUCCUGCUCGCCGCGCUGCUCCCGGCGGCGGCCAUCGGCACCGACCCGGACGCCGUGCAGGACUUCUGCGUGCCGGACCCCGGGCGCGGCCGGCCCGUGGAGCUCAACCUCAUCCGCUCCUACCCGUGCAGGAGCCCGGCCAACCUGACGGCGGGCGACUUCGCCUUCUCGGGCGUGCGCGCGGCGGGCAACCCCGCCACUGUCUACGGCACCUUCAACAGCGAGAACCCCGGGAUCGUGCGCAUCCCGGCCACCGUGUUCGGGUCCGGGAUCAGGGACGCCGUCCUUGAGAGGGCUUUUGGGCUCUCCCCCGAGGAGCUCCGGCGGAUCGAGAAGAGGUUCGGCGUGCCCAAGAAGGCCGAGCUGGAGGACUAG